UAAACUCUUUAUGUGCCAAAUAAUUAUUCUGAAAUAUGUUAAAUAGAAAAAUGGAUUUCCCUUAACAGUCAAUGUGAAUAGAUUCCAGUAUUCAGCAACUAACUACGACAACACAAUCGAAUGAAUUGAAAGAAGUUAAACAAGUUCAUAAUUCUUUCAGUCGCCAGGUACACAGCUAUUGAUCUACAAAAUAUGAUAAAACGUGAAAGAGUUUAAUGGCGCAUGGUAAAUAUGUCUAUGAGCCGUAUAGUUUAAAUAUUUAAAUUAUGAGGGACCUCUGCUGUAAAGGGGGGAGUGACGCAAUCAGCAAAUGCCGUGUUCACAUGCUAGUUGGAACUAGGAAACUCCGACUUGCUAUCUGGUUGUAGUUAUACACGUGCUGCGUUCAAAAAGAUAGCAAGUCGGACAUUUCAGAGUUUCCUAGUUCCGACUAGCACGUGAAAACGGCAUAUAUUCUUAGUGUUGUACGUAGCAGAGCCAUAUAUAUGACUCUGGUACGUAGUAGCUGCAGAGACGGAAGAGGAAGCGAGAUAUCGCAUUCGCUGUUUCAAUGAAAGUCAUGUAGACCAGUCCCAGUUGCUAUUGCAUCGGUGUCUAUGGGAGACACACCCAGUUAAGUAGACCGGAACUUAAUUUUUUUGUCCAAUGGUAAACGGCCUGAGUGAACUGUCUUCAUUUAUCCACCAUCUUUGGUAGCUGCUCCACGUCUCACUGCUGGCCUUGCUACACUGCCGCCGGUGACUCCGAACUGGAAGAUAAAUAAACGGCCUGAGUGAACUGUCUUCAUUUAUCCACCAUCUUUGGUAGCUGCUCCACGUCUCACUGCUGGCCUUGCGACACUGCCGCCGGUGACUCCGAACUGGAAGAUGGCUGCGGUGGAACGUCCCCCAGUCAAGGAAGGGGUCCGGAUAGCUUUACUCUGUUUCUGUUGGUACACUGUUAGUUCGGGAGGCAACGUCGUUAACAAAAUUAUUCUAAAUGGAUUCCCUUAUCCUGUCACCGUUUCGCUCUUUCAUAUACUCUCAAUCGUCGUCUUCCUUCCUACGUUGUUGAAGGCAUGGGGAGUCCCCAAAACAGAAGUACCAACUAGAUACUACAAAUGGUAUAUUCUCCCUUUAGCUUUUGGGAAAUACUUCGCUUCUGUGUCGGCCCACUUCAGUAUAUGGAAGGUACCUGUUUCCUACGCACACACUGUCAAAGCCACAAUGCCAAUAUGGGUUGUGUUGUUAUCAAGGAUUAUCAUGAAGGAGAAGCAAACAACAAAAGUGUACGUAGCUCUCAUCCCCAUCAUCGGAGGAGUGCUUCUGGCCACAAUGACAGAGAUGUCCUUUGAUGUGUCUGGGUUAGUCAGUGCCCUGGCCGCCACACUCUGCUUCUCUCUGCAAAAUAUAUUUUCCAAAAAGGUGCUGCGGGACACGAGGAUCCACCACCUGAGACUUCUCAACAUACUGGGCUUCAAUGCAGUUUUCUUCAUGGUGCCUACGUGGGUUCUGGUGGACCUCUCCUCAUUCUUGGUUGAGGGGGAUUUUACAGGCAUGUCUGAAUGGACCGGCACCUUCCUUUUACUCCUCGUCAGUGGCUUUUGUAACUUUGCCCAGAACGUCAUCGCUUUCAGCGUCCUCAACCUGGUCAGCCCGCUGAGCUACGCUGUGGCAAACGCCACCAAGAGGAUCAUGGUCAUCAGCAUAUCGCUCCUGAUGCUGCGCAACCCAGUUAGCUCCACCAACAUCAUGGGCAUGAUGACGGCCAUUGUGGGCGUCUUCCUGUACAACAAGGCGAAAUAUGAUUCCAAUAAGGAAGCUAAGAAGAAGCUGCUGCCUUCCUCCAAGCAGGACACGAUGUCCUUCGACAAUUUGGGACUGGACAAGACGCAGCCCAAUGGUUCAGUGCCUUUCUCCCAAGGUUCAGACAUUCAGUAUGGUCGAAGCAAUGUGCUGACCGACCACUUCCAGUACAGCCGGCAGGCCUACACAAUGAACUACGGCGCCUCCAACCACCAGUAUGUGGUUUAGGCUGGUGGAUGCCUCCAUGGACAUAUUGUAUUUGUUUCCCGCAGUGUUCUUAAACCACCUCCAACAGAAAGGAAGGCACGUGCUGUCGUAUUGGCGGGAGAGGGAAGUAUCAAUCGUGAGUUGGCCAGCGUUUUGUCCCAAACAUUUUCUCUAACAUGUUUUCUUCACCUCUGCGUGUUUGAUUUAUUUUGAUAUGAACACUUAAAGAUAGUUCAGUCAAAAUCAAAGUUUGUCAGAUGUUUUCAAACCUUAAAAGCCAUCUGACGUCGAGAUGAGCCCAUGUCAACUAUUGUAGAUCAAGCUGUAUGUCUCAAUCAUAAAUUAAUGAGAAAGAUUGGCACCAUCUAAUUUCAUAAUUUUUAAUGGUGUCAAUAUUUCCAGUUGAGGUGUACCAUUGGAUCUACACAAGAUGGCUUGGAACAUGGACUCCUCUGGCAUGUUGAUUUUGGAGUGAAGUUAAAUAUGCAGUCCAGGAUCUGAAGCACAUAUUAUAUGAAUUGAGAACGUUUUUUUGCUGGACGGAACUUAUCAUACGAAAUAGUUGACAUGGUGCACAAUUUCCGAGGACGCAUUUUGGCUCGUGAUCACUACUUUCAAAACUACUGGCUGAAAUUAUACAAAAGGUCUGGAGCAUCACUUUAACUAUCUGUUUUUUGUUUGAGGUUUGCUUGCUGAGGAAGGGAUGUUGCUGUAUUCUUUUUACUGUGGAAGCUUGCUAAUGUGGUAAUAAUUGUUACUGUAGCCACAAUGACGUAGGUUCAAAUAAAUCGAAUAUAACUUUUACUUUAUAUCAAAGACCAUGAAAUGUUUUGCAUAAAUUACCAUGACCAUAAUGCUUUGUGAAUCAGGCUUGCCCUCAGUUAUAUUGACCCCACUUUUAUUAUAGAAGACCUGAGAAUUUUACACUGUUUUGUGUUUUUUUGUGGAGAUUGGCAACAUUUGGUCCUAUACAUGUAAAAACGUUUGCCCAGAAGACAUUUUCUCAUUGGUCUUUAACUAGUGAUUGAGGCAUGGCAUGAAAAUGUAUGUAAACGAUCGUAGUUACAGAUAAAUUGAGAAUCAUUCAUUCUGUGGUUCCAUAUUUACAUUUUAGUAAUUUAAUCAAUUCAUAUCUGAUCUGGUAAUAGCUUUGUGAUAUGGGGUUACAUGGUCAAGUAACUGAAAUGCACCUAGUUUUAUGUGGCAGACCUACUUGGAUCACGUAUGUUAGCUCUAACUGUAUUUAUAGCAUGUUCAGUGACUAACGUAUAUUUGACAGCAACAAACUACAUGUUAAGAUUUAGAAACAGCAUUUUUGCUGUUUACCAUAAAUACAAAUAAUAGUAUUUAUUUGAAUAUCUUCUCCUACGGUAUGUGCUGAAUAGCACGUAGUUCUGGUUGGCUGCACAGAGACGAUCCAUGUGGAUUUACACAUUUGUGGAACUGUGUAUGGAUGAGCUUGUGUGGAAUUCUCAGGUAGUUCCAAGCAUAUUUCAUUUAGUGAAACUCCCAUAUCAUUUAGUUCAGUAGGUUUGGUCUGUUUUACGUAAUGAAAUUCAUACUGGUGUGGUGAUUAGGCAAUGGGGAUUUUAGUACAUUUAUGUCUGUUAUCUACAUGUCCUCAUUAAUUAGAGUUUUGAAUUUACAUAUCAUCUAUUGGAUAGUGUUACAAAGUAAACAAUAAUUUGUAGAAAUCCAAUGACAGUGGAUAACUUGAAUAUUAGGGUUUGAUUUCACCUUGGCUUAUAAAGUAAGCCAAUGUUUAUUUGUGGAUGGAAGAUCAAAUGUUGGAGCUGCGAUGGAUUCUACUAAAUCCCAUUUGUCACCUUUAACAUAAGAUGUUAUGAAGAGCUGUGCGUGGUAAACUUUGAGCCCAUUGUUGUAUUAUUUUCCAACUUAUUUUUUUACUGUGCUGACAUUCUGUUAAACUGUCAAGGUUUCCUCUUAAAUCUAUGGUUGAGUUUGUCACUUCCUGAUGCGAGGUGCCAAAUGAAAGGAGCUACGUGGCUCAAGUCAACGUUUAUUGGUCGCUUACACCCUUUUCACAGGUGCAGCGAAAUGCUUAUGUUUCUGGCUCCAACAGUGCAGCAAUAUCUAGCAAUACAAUAACAAUACACACAAAAAGAAGGAUUUUGACUCGUCUUAAAAUACUUGUUUGACGCAGUAGCACGGAGUGAUGGAAUCUGAUGUGCAUUAUGUAUGUUUAAUGUAAAGCCUAAUAUUUGUCUGUACAGUAAGCUAAAUAACAUUUUGAACAUGAGAUUUAGAGAAACUAUUUUAGUUAAAUCUGGGAGGGCAUUUGAGGUUAUGACGUUAUUUACUGGAAUGUACAUUUGGAUGUGUGGGGGUUUGCUUUGUAAAAGUUGUAUAAAUUCACAUUUUCCUGUUUUAAAGGAUCUUGAAAAACAAUUUUUACUGAACCAAUGUUUAUAGAUUUUUAUGGUGUCUAGGUACAGAAAAGUGUACAUAAGUGCAACCGUGCACAGUCUUGUCUGCUUACGUUUAGUAAAUACUAUUUUAAAUGUCAAAAAAAUAAAUGCAUUGUGAAAUGAA